AUCGAAAACCUUUUUUUUUUUAUGCAUUGCAAGAGUACAAACACUUUACACUAGUCUGAUCUAUUGUGUUCUCCAUUUCCAAAACUGAACUACAAAAGUUUAAGAAUACCAAAGAACGUAUGGACACCACAAAACAGGCGAAGAUUCCAAUUGUUGUUUUCUCCAAACUAGAGGACUUGAAGCCUGGCACGAGUUCUUGGCUCUCGGCGCGAAAACAAGUAUGCGACGCACUCGAAGAGCACAGUUAUUUUGUUGCCAGACUAUCGGAGGAAGUUUGUUUGGAGCUUCACAACAGAAUCUUUUCUGCACUUGACGAUCUGUUUGAUUUCCCCAAAGAAAGUAGAGAGAAAAACAUGUCCGAGAAGCCUUUCCGAGGCCACUACUCGGAUAAUGUCGCCAUCGAUAGUGUGGGGAUUGAUGAUGCAACAAGCCUAGAAGAAGCUCUCAACUUUGCUAAGAUCUUCUGGCCCAACGGAAACGACCGAUUUAGUGAAAUUGUGAAUUCAUAUGGGAAAUUCAUGACGGGACUGGAUCAAACGGUGACGAGAAUGAUAUUCGACUACUAUGGUGUUGAAAAGUACAAGUGUGAUUCACACAUUAAAUCGAUGGAAUAUGUUCUCAAAUUCACUAGGUACAAGUUAGAAUCUGAUCAUCAUCACCUACAAAAGAAAGAACAACCCUACGUAGCCAUUGGUGAGCAUGAAGACUUGAGCUUCACCACCAUAAUACAUGAUAACGAUGUGAAUGGUUUGGAGAUCAAAACAAAGGAUGGCAAAUGGAUUGUUUUUGAUGGCUCGCCUUCAUCCUUUUUAGUAAUGGCAAGCGAUGCUUUGCAGUUAUGGAGCAACGACAGAAUAAAACCCUGCACGCAUCGUGUCGUACUCAGAGAAAACAAAGUCAGAUACUCUCUCUUGUUACUUACUUACAACAAAGGAAUCAUUUGUGUUCCAGAGGAGCUAAUCGAUGAGGAACACUCUUUGAGAUAUAAACCACUGAAUCAUCCUGAAUAUGUUGCACUUCAAUACAGGGAUACAAAAACCAGGCUUUGCCUCAAAAGCUUUUGUGGUGUUUGAUUUUUUUUUUAAUUUGUUUCAGUGAGUGUUAGUAUUAUCCAGAUCAUAUAUAUAUAUAUAUAUAUAUAUAUAUAUGCG